AUGAACGCGGGCCGCUGUUUUGGAAGUUGGGUUAACUCAUCUGGGUCAGGAAACGGCCGAUACAAGUGGCAGGUCAAGGAGUCUACAUCCACUGUCACCACCAGAUCAGGGUUAAGAACGGGAGAUCCAUUUCCGUUUGAUUCAGAAAGUGAAGAGGAGUGGAAUUCGUCAGAGGAGGAGACAGUUGGUGAUAUGGCGAACGUGGCAGAUCCAGAUCCAGAGAUUGGCUCGCUGACUGCACAUCUAGACGGUGAGCCAAUUCAAGUAUGCAGCAAUAACUUGCGAUGUGAAGAUGAGGUGGUGCAAGUCGUGAUUCAUGAGCUAGUUCGUGCAUAUGAUGAGUGCCGUGCUGCUAAUCUCGACUGGACUAACUGCACUCAUCAUGCCUGCAAUGAGAUUCGAGCAAAUCAUCUCAGUGGUUAUUGCCAUUUGAAACGAGAGCUUCUUCGUGGUCAUUUCAACAUAAAGGGUCAUGAGCAAGAAUGUGUAUGGCGAAGAGCAAUCAAAGCUGUGAUUGGAAAUCCGUACUGCUCGGAGAUAGAAGCUGAGGAUGCAAUGAAAUCUGUGUGGAGUAGUUGUUAUAACGACACAGCACCCUUCGACAGAGCUCCUUGACUUGAGAGACCCAACCUCAAACAUUACUGCUUCAUGGUAUCUCACUUCUCUUGCUACGAAAUUAGCCUGUUUUUGGGACUUAAGUAGUACUCCCCUCCGUCCCAUAGUAGAUGUUACACUUGGGAGAUGACACAGGAUUUUAGGAGAGAAUAUAAAAUUUUAUAAUUAUUGUGAGAAGAAACUUUUUCCAAAAGAAGGAAUGUGACAUCUUUUGUGGGACAAACUAAAAAUGAAAGUGUGACAUCUACUAUGAGAUGGAUGGAGGUAUCAUUGAAUUGUUCUCCCAACCUGCUACUACAAUAUGACACAGUUGUGCUCAAUAUGGAAGUAGGCGCUCAACAUUUUUAUUUACUCUAGUUACUCAAUAAGAGCAAAUGUACUUAUUCA